AUGGGUAUUCUCCCUUAUCCAUCACAAAUAGCUUUUGUUCAACAUGGAAAUCAAUAUGCACCACCUAGUUACUAUCAAACAACUAGUUUGUUUAAUCAAACACCACAGUGUAGUCAAGCACAACUAUAUAAUCAAGUACCGCCAUACGCUCAGAUAGCAUCAUAUAAUCAACCACCGCCUUAUGGUCAACCUCCGCCUUAUUGUCAAGUGUAA